UGCACCUUCAGUUGUUUUUUUGCGUUCGUUCCCACUUUCACGGGCUCGUCUCGUAUGUCUCACCUCACACAUAACCCCAUUUUGUCACAUGAAGGUGUAGAUCGGCUCUUGAGAACAAUAUUUGUUUUUCCUCGCAAGUGUGCAUUUCACAGGCAGCAUUGUGGCUGUCCUAAAUGUGCUGUAGUGCGUAACGUGUAAAAUGGCUGGAGCUGUUUUUGACAUUGAGCUUCACGAUGAUGAUACAGGACAACUCGAUGACUCAGACGAUGAUGCUAUUGAAGUAGAGGAAGGUGGCUAUGAUCCUGACCCAGAUGUGAAUGCCAUAUUUGACUCUGAAGAUUUGGAAACUGUUCAUCUAUCUGAACAAAAUAUAGGCAAGGAAAAGACUGGACCUGUGGACUUUGAAUUAUUAAAGGUUUUAGGAAAAGGUGGCUAUGGUAAAGUGUUCCAAGUAAAGAAGCGCUCUGGUCAGGAUGCGGGCACUAUAUUUGCCAUGAAGGUUUUGCGAAAGGCCUCAAUUGUGAGAAAUCAGAAGGACACUGCGCAUACUAAAGCAGAAAGAAAUAUCCUUGAGGCUGUCAAGCAUCCUUUCAUCGUAGACUUGAUGUAUGCCUUCCAAACUGGAGGAAAGUUAUACUUGAUUUUGGAAUACUUAAGUGGAGGGGAAUUAUUCAUGCACCUUGAACGAGAAGGCAUUUUCCUUGAAGAUACAGCUUGUUUUUAUCUCUCAGAAAUUAUUCUUGCAUUGGAACAUUUACAUAGACAAGGAAUAAUUUAUAGGGAUCUUAAACCUGAGAACAUUCUAUUAGAUGCUCAUGGCCAUGUUAAACUUACCGAUUUUGGACUGUGCAAGGAACACAUUCAGGAAGGCAUUGUCACACACACAUUUUGUGGCACCAUUGAAUAUAUGGCACCUGAAAUCUUGACUCGAAGUGGCCAUGGCAAAGCUGUAGAUUGGUGGUCACUAGGAGCCCUCAUGUAUGACAUGUUGACUGGAGCUCCUCCAUUUACUGCAGAAAACAGGAAAAAGACUAUUGAGAAGAUAUUAAAGGGAAAGUUAAAUCUGCCUCCUUAUCUUACUCCAGAUGCUAGGGAUCUAGUUAGAAAGUUACUUAAGAGACAGGUUAGCCAAAGAUUGGGCACUGCUUCUUCUGAUGGAGAGGCGAUUCGCGCCCAUAAUUUCUUCAAGCACAUCAGUUGGGUAGAUGUUCUUGGUAGGAAGCUGGAACCCCCUUUUAAGCCAUCCCUGUCAGGUGAAGAUGAUGUGUCCCAGUUUGACAUAAAGUUUACCAAGCAAACACCAAUUGAUUCUCCUGACGAGUCAACUCUAAGUGAGAGUGCCAAUAUGAUUUUCCAGGGUUUCACUUAUGUUGCUCCUUCAGUACUAGAGGAAAUGCACAAAGGUCCAAGGAUUGUAAAGGCCAGGUCCCCAAGAAAGGGACCCUUUGGCACGUCAGGACCUGGUUCACAUUCUAUGAGAACACCUUUUAGCCCACGACACAUUUUGCAUCCACUUUCUCAUGGUCAUGCAUUAGCUGGUUUUACAUUUGGACAUCAAGCUUCUUUAGAUCAAAACCCUUGUCAAGAAGAGUAUAUGGAAGUUCAAAGUCCACAUGUAUAGCCCUGGCUCCCAUCUAGGCAAUUAGCAGAUAUUGUUUUGCACGGCAUUUGGUCUAUUACCAACCUUUUAUAUUUUAAUGGUAACAUAGAUUGUAACCUGAGAGAGUUCAAAGGUUUUGUGUGACCUUAACUCUGUGCAUUAACUCUGUUGAAACUUUGGAAAACUUUGGAAACUUACCAUUGUAUGCCAAUUUUGGCUAUUGACAUUUCCCCCUUUCUUUUUGCCAUAUUUUAUUUGCCAUGUCUUAUUUCAGACAUAUCGACUGAUUCUGGUUUCUUUUCUGUCAGUUCCACAAGCACUCAAACUUUCCACAUUUUUGGGAUGAUUUAUCAAUUACAUAUUUUACAAGGUUUGUUAGUAGUUUUACAUACUGGUUGUGUUGCAUUUCUUUGUACAUAUUUUCCAAGCAUAACAAAAUGACUAACUUUUAUGAACAUUUUGUAUAAUUUUAGGUUUGAAUGCUUGAGGAACUGAUCUGUUGGUACCCACAAAUUACUUAAAUCUCUGUAAUUACCUUUUGCUAGUGCAAGGAUAUUUGAAAGUCUGUGUAGGUUAGGAAAUAAACUACUGAUCUAAAGAAUAUUGCUGCUGAGUGAGCAUUAUUGACCAAUAUGUGAUUCAUAAUCAGUUUUGCUUUACUCUUUUAUUGACAAAUUAAAUAACUCAUGUAGAAUUGAUGACAUUGUGUGUGUAUUUUGGGGAUUUUUAGUUGUUAAGGCAUUUUAUAUUGGAUGCUAAUGGAGUUGCAGACAUAGUUUAUUAUGUUGGUUACCAGUGGAAUCUGCUUAAGUUGUUAUGAAGUAUCAGCCAGCUGCUGAUCCAUUAGCGUGGUGCUUUGUUAUAUCUAUUCCAUAGUUAUGGAAAAGAAUCAAUUUCACUAUUUUACUUAUUGUCUGUGUUUGCCUUGAAUAUCAUGUUCCUAAAGACAGCAGGUAAAGUUUCACAGCCUUAGGACUCCUUCUAUUAUUUUGUUUUUUUCUUUAGAAGGAAUUGGAAGGUUUAAAUGAUGAAUGAUUAAUUGCAGCAGCAUAUCAGGCGCUUGUUUGAAGCCACCCUGUCAAUAAGUUGACAUCAAUAUUUUGCUCCUCUUACUUAAUUAGUUUGUAGUUGUUAUUAUUAAGUGACAUGUAAAGUGGCGUUUAACUAAUGCUGGAAAGCUUUGAUUCCAGCACACUGCUGCAAUACCAGGCUGUUUUUGUGACUUUCACUUUCUUUAUGUUCUAUGAUCUUAUCUUUUCCCUUUGUGAAGCUUUCAUUCAAUAUUAUUUUUAAAUUCUAGGAUGAAAGCUGCCUUGUUUUAUUUGUUUUUCUGGUGUGAUCAGUGCACGCUCCAAUACUCAAUUAGUAAUUCUUGAUAUGGAUAUGACCUUUUAGCUGUGAUGCAGUCACUUUCUGUACUCCCAUACUAGCACAAGCUCUUGCGCCACUGACAUGUAACUUUAUAUCAUUCAACUACAGUGCCCAUUGGUUCUGACCUAAAUGAUUUUACUGCGCUCUGUUUGUUCUCUAGGAAAGCGAAAAGUUGUAUUUUUGAGGCAUAAUUGAGGUUGCUGUGUUUUCACUGUUAGCAUAUUGAUCGAAGCCCCCAUUUGGGUGAUAUGAUUCACCUUAGUCCGUAGUACCAUCGAUGAUAGAUAAAAUUAAUUGGUCUUUCAUGACUAUUAUGUGGGUCACCCAGUUACUAUUAUUAUAUCCAUGUCAUGUUUGAUUCAUGUUGUUACUUAUAAAAUACAUAUUAACCUUCCACAAGGGAUAUGAUGCACUUUUGUAUUUGUUAAAUUUGGUGGAACGUCCCUCAAAGAUAUUUUUUCAGAUGACCCUUUUUUAGUCAGAUCGUAAUAUAAACAGUUUUGUAAUUAUAUUUGUGUAUCAUUUACUUACUUAUUCCUGUGGUGUGAUAAUGAUUGGUAACGGGUUGAAAAUACUUGUGAUGAGUAAAAUCAUCACCCUGUCCUUAGGUUCCAUUUUCUUCCCCGUGCCCUUGUUUUUGUAUUUCUUUCUUGACUAUUUUGGGCUGUCAUAUUUUGUGUUACCCUUAUUUCAAGCUCCACACCUAAAUGCCUGUCUUUUUCUAGAUGUAUGAUGAUGUAUGUGAAGUUUGGUCAUUAACUUUGGUGAAACAUUUCUUUCACCCCUGAAAAGUAGGGUCUUUGGCAGUCAUGUUCCAUAUAAAUUGUCAACUCCUGCCUUUCCUCUCUAAUCAUUAAUCUGGAUAUGUACUUUUGGAUUUUAUCCUUGAGCAGAAAUGACCUUUCUCAGCUCUGUUUGAAAUGAAUACAUGUGCAGUUACAGGUGUUGAAGCUACUGUGCAGCACCUCAUAUUCUCAAUAUUCUCUCUGUGAUUGUUUUAUUAAAUGAAUUUUCUCAGAAAUUUGAAUUGUGAAACCAUUGCUAUUUUAGUAGUUUCAUAAGUGCUAUGGUAGUGCUGUUUUGGCUUUGUCUCUCUUUUUCUUUUACUUUCAUCAGAACAGUGGGAAAGACUGUAUUUGCUUUGAGUGAACCCUUAAAACUCAACAUAGGUAACGAUUGUCUUUUUUAUCAAACUUCCUGUGUAUUUGUUUACUGACAUCUAUUUACUGGCAAAAUUCUAUUGACUGUCACGCAUUCAACUUUUUUAAGAAACAUAUUGAUUGUAGGUGUUACAGAUAUUCAUCAGGAAUUUUAUCACAAUUUUUUUUGUUUGGCAAAUUAAUUUUUGUUGUGUGAGGUGUGAUAAUUUUUUCAUUCUGUUGAAGAGUGUGUUGAAUAUACAUUCAAAAGGUUAAAUGACACGUAUCCCCUGAGAAUUGUCUGGAGUUACUCAUAAAUAAUACCACUGCAGGAGCCUUUGAGGCUAGGCACCAAGUGAACUGCCGAAUGUAAGUGAUUCUCUAUUCACAUUGCUUGUAUUGAAAAUGCAUUCAGUUUUUACAGACUUGGAGCUAAAGGUUGUAUAGUGUGUCUACAACUAAGACGUUUUUAAAAAAAUGUACUCUAAAUCAAAAUACUGUAGAACCUUUUUAUUACAUUCAAUAAUACUCCUCUCUUAUAAAGGAACUUGAAUAUUUUAUAUCUGCAAUGAUAAAGCUUCUGAUAUUUCUUAAUGCUGAUCAUGAACGGCUUGAUUUGGACCAAUUGUACAUACGCGGUAUUGCAAAGGUAUCAAUGUAAUGAUUAUCAAUUUAUCUCUGCUGUUUAUUUUUCAUGCUUUUCAACUGCUGUUUUUUUCUUCACUCUUGUCACAUUUUCUUGUAGUCCAUUAGUUUUGUUGUCAAUGAAACUGAUCCUGUCUUGAUGUCAUUCACUCUGUCGAUUGUUUAGAAGAGCUGCAUUUAUCUAUUACUGCUUGAAGCCCUUUGCAUUCUCACUACCUUCAAAGACCUGUUUUGAAAUUAAUUGUAAAAUUAUUGAACAGUGUUUCUUCUUUUUGAGCUUUGUUUCCACUGUACAUUACAUUCUAGAAUUUAUACAGAUGUUUUAAAGCCAAAGCUGGAGGUUUCUUUUGUGUAGGUAGAGAAUCAUGCCACCCCUCCCAAUAUGGUCUCCUCUGUUAAAUUUUCUUUGAGGUGGUGUGAUUGUGUCAGCCAGGAUUCCACCUCUAGUCGUUUCUUUGAUUUUUGCUCAAUUUUCAUCCUUUACCUACCUCUUGUUUCCUAGGAGAGUCAAAUCUUUUGCAACUGCUGCAAUCCUACCAGCAAUCUCGCAAUGAUCAGGUACAUAUUGAGUGAUGAUGAUUGUCUGCCCGUGGGGCACUAACACGGUUUCAUUUUGCACAAUGAUUAGGACCUUUGUGUGAAAAUUGAACACUUAAAACCGUACUGUUAAAUGCAGAAGAGGACUAUAGCACUACUUAGUGCCAACGAAUUUUUCAAGUUUUUUUUUAAAUAUAUUUUUCAAGGUCUUCCAAGUUUCCUAAUUCUGAUGCAUUCUUAGACAUCCUAUGGAAUGAACUGCUCUUGCAACUUAAGUUGAUUGAACAAAUUCAUCUGUCUUAUUCAAUCUUAUUGUUGAUGCAAGUGAUUUUAAUGUUUGUUAUUUUUCAAUGUAUGAUGGGAGAGUUGAUUGUGCUGAACUUUCAUCUCAGUAGUUGUGUGUAAUUUUGGUGUACACUAACGAAUGCAACAUAGACUUAGAUUUUAAUACUUUAUUUGUACAGAAAUUAGGCUCAAAGAGUGUAAAAAAAAGGAGGAUGUAGCUUGAGGUUUUGAAGAAGGUGUACUGGAGCGCGGCAGCAGACUGUGUUAUUGUGUUGUUUAUUGAAUGUUUGCUGAUGGCUUGCAUGGCGGUAUUUAUUGAUACUUUGAUUGUCAAUAAAGAGCUGCAUUUGAAA